GGAGGUUGAAUGUGUCAACGUUCAAUUGACAGGUUCAUGUUCGAAUAAAAGUUGGGAAAGGUGAAUUAGCCAUUCACACGAAAGGUUGUAUCUAAACAUUUCUGCUGGACAAUACCGCCUAGGCGUACCUUCUCCUGUAUACCUCUGGGCAUUCGUCCUUCUCUUUCCCUAUAAUUUGUCACAUAAGGGACUUUCCCAUGCGAUGAAGUGCGAUAUUUAAGUCAAAGACAACAUUCCGAAGUGCAUCAAUGUCUUGGGUUUCCGCGAUCACGGCAGCCUUGCAAUGGAUACUUCUCUAUCCUAUCACCAAUCUUUUAUACUAUGGAUAUGGAUUACUACAACUCUUGGCAACGCCAUUGGUGAAAUUGGGACAGUUCGCUCUUCGUGGUGCCCUUCUACCCUUCAAUAUAUUAUUGAAAUUUGAGGCUUUCCUCACCUUUGUCUCAGCAGCCGUUCUUACAGGCAUAAUACUGGGAUUGUCACUGUACUAUACGACUUCCUUAACUGUGGAAGUUUUGAAUCAAUCUCUGAGCAUCUUACGUCGCCAACCUCAAGACCAUCGGGUUCACAGUAUCAAGGGGCCUAAGACAAAAGCUCUGAAGAGAAGAUAUAGCUUGCCCAACGACUAUUUGACCGGUAGCAGUAGUAGACCAAUCCAUAAGGGGGGGCUUUUAUCAUCCACAAUUUUGGAGGAAGAAGAAUCCAACCCGGAUUCUAAUGGGGAUCUCUACGGUUGAUGAUGACGGGGCAAGAGACUCUAUGUUGUACAUGUUGUACAGAAUUAUAGUAUUAUAUUGCCUAUCGAUGACUAGGAUUGAAUUCUGGUGUCC